CUCUCUCUAUAACAGCACCCAGAGUCCCAGACCCAUAUCCCAACUCUACUCUCCCAAUUCGUCUCCACCUUCUCUCUCUCUCUCUCUCGCUCUCUAAAACUCUCUCACCAUGUCGAAGUUCGAAGACGAAAAGAAGACAAUGGCGGCACAAGCGGUGGCUCCGCCUCCGUCUCCUGGCAGGACUCCUCCACUGGCGUCGCUGUACGUGGGUGAUCUGGACCCACAAGCAACGGAGAUCGACCUCUUCGAAACCUUCCGCCAAAUGGGUCCACUCGUCUCCGUUCGCCUCUGCAGAGACAGACUCUCCCACCAAUCUCUUCGUUAUGCUUACGUCAACUUCUUCUCUCCUUCUGACGCCUCUAAGGCUCUCGCUUGUCUGAACCACACUGAAUUGAAGGGGAAACCCAUGAGAAUAAUGUGGCGUCAAAACAACCCUCUUACUAGAAAGACUGGUGUCGGCAAUGUCUUCGUCAAGAACCUUGACCCUUGUAUUACCAGUGCUUGGUUGCAGGGAAUUUUCUGCAAAUUUGGAACUAUACUUUCUUGCAAGGUAGCUGAGGAACACGGGAAGAGCAAGGGUUUCGGUUUUGUUCAGUUCGAUUCAGAGGAUUCUUCCGUGACUGCUGUCAAUGCUCUCCAUGGCACAAUGCUUGAAGGAAAGAAUUUAUAUGUGUCCAAAUUUGUAAAGAAAAGUGAGAGAAAGGAUGCUUACGAGGAACCAAAAUUUGCAAAUCUCUAUGUCAAAAAUCUGGGCGAGUUUGUGACAGAAGACAUCCUUGUAGAAAAGUUUUCUGAAUAUGGGAAGGUCCGCAAUGUUUUGAUCAUGAAAGAUGAUGAGGGGAAAUCAAAGGGUUUCGGAUUUGUCAACUUUGAGUCAUAUGAGGAGGCUAAGAAGGCUGUUGAGGCCUUGAAUGGUUCACUCCUAGGAUCAGAGAAGUUGUUUGUUGGAAGGGCUCAGAAGAAGGCCGAAAGGGAAGAGCUUCUGAAACGUGAACACAAGUUAACCAAUUCCAAUAUUGAAAUGCCCAAGGUUUCAAAUCUGUAUGUGAAGUAUCUUGGUGCAUCUGUUGAUGAAGGACAACUAGAAGAACAUUUUGGUGCUUUCGGAAAGGUGACUUCUGCAAAAGUGAUGCGCCACGAAAGUGGGAUUAGUAAAGGAUUUGGCUUUGUGAACUUCUCCACUCCUGCAGAAGCAAAGAGGGCUUUGGAUGCACUUCAUGGAACUGACUUUAAAGGAAGGGAUCUGUAUGUGUCUGUAGCUCAGAGUAAAGAAGAACGCCAAAGAGAAAUGCAGAGUAAUACACACCAUCCACCUCGGGCUUUCUAUCCUUCUGAUUCCAAAAGCUAUACCCCUAUUCUUGAUCAAGCCUAUUGCGGUUUCCCUCCUUUUCCUACUACAAAUCAGGCAAUGAUGUACAGACAGUGUGUUAGAAGUGAGGGUGCAAUGUACCCGUUUAUGGCACAAGGUUACCACAGAAAUGAUUCUGCAUACAUUCCUUCAAGACAAUCGCAGCAACAGACCUACCUGGACUUUGCUUACCAACAUCCAAUGGGAUAUCCGGACUCUAUUUCACCCACCAGAAAUCUAGACUACAGGAGUUUCAGGUCUCUGCAGAUAUCAAGGGACAAGAGAAGCAGAGCUGAACAAGUUUAUUCUAAAGGCUACGUGGGUACAAGAAGUUUUAACCCAGCCCCAUAUCUUGGAAACUGCAACCAAAAUGCCGGGAAAAAACUUCACCCUCUGGGGGAAAAUCUGCAGCGUGGGCAUGAGGCAAAGAAAACAGGAGUGGUGUUGGAAAUGAAGAAAUCUGAUGCCCACGAGGUACUAAACUCAUCACAGUCCCCAGCAGCGCAUCUUGGGAAAACAAUACAAGUGCCGGGGGAUGUAAACUCGUGGACCAUUCGCGAUGAUCGUGUUGCUCAGCUGCACAAGUCCGCCCGCUGCUUGAGCUACUGAUCCACAGGAUUUCCUCAAACACAUCUAACAAGUCAAGCACUUCCGUAUCCAGUUUUAUCAGCACUUUGAUUCUUCCAUUGCUGUAUUUCAAACUGUUGGUACAGCUUAGAAUUUCUUCUAAGACGAUGUGUUCUUUUUCCUUUGGCUUGUAUGUACUUCAGCAACUUGGUACUGGUUUCAUACAUGUUCAAGAAGAGAUUUUGGACUUUUCAUACACCUUUGUCACGGUUCACAUAUAUGUUGAACGCAACUCUGCAUUUUUCUUCUAUGUCGGUUUUGUAUGCAUAAACCGCUUAUAAUCUAAAAAGCUUCAUAUAAUACCACACAGCUUGUAAGAUAAUCCCGAAAAUACAAAUAAAAUCCUGGAUCCAAGGAUGUCUUAUCCGUUUUCAGGAUAUAGUGGAUGCCCUUACUACACUACAAGCACUGCAAUAAAUCAAGUUUGUAUGAAAACCAUGGUGAUCACAUGACAUUAUAGGAGUAGAACCUAGCAGAGGCACAGACAAUGCAACUUCAUCCGAUGAGACCGAUUCCAUCAAUGAUCAAAGCAUCGGCAAGAACCUGGUUAGCAGCCUCAGACGGAUGGACACUGUCCCAAAACACAUAUUGUGUAGCAUUACUACAAGUGCCCGGGGAAUGUGGAUUGCACAACAGCGAUGUCGUCUCCACCGUCCCGGUCCCACAGCAA